AUGGUCCGACAUGGCUACCUAUGGACAUCGCCGAAGAGGAUUGGUUUAGUGGGGAUACUCCUGGCAAAGAUGAAGAGAAAGUGCUAGUCAUGGAAACUUACUUAACUCAGUACCUGCAGGACAGUCUGAAAGCUCGGCGGGACCUGGAUCAGUGUCUUUCCUCUCUCUGCAGAUCCUUCCGGAUCCUUCCAGAGGAGGGGAAAGUGGUGGUGAAGAGAGGAGCUGCCCAUUCUGGGCUGCCCCAGGCCAAAUGGGAGACGCAGGUGGACAAUGUGUGUUUUCAGCUGAAACAAAGGUACCGCUGCUACUUUGAGGUGGAUCCAGCAAGGGUUAAGACCCUCCAGGAGAACCCUUUCAUGUGCUCUGAAAAUCUGUGCACCUAUAAGGAACUCCGAGAAGAUCUGGCAGUGGUAGUGGGAGAGCAUGAUGCGAUAGAGAAAAUGAUCCAACGUUUAGACGCCCUUCAGGUAAAGCCACAGAUCCACAGGGAUUGUGGGAUACAAUUGAUGCAGUUCACCCUGGUGGAGGAGGAGUUUGGGAAGAAAAUUAAGGUUUCAUCCCCACACAUCAAGAUUACCAUGCAGGGAAGAGGUAGACCAGUGUUUGAGGGACCAGAGGCAGAGGUAGAGGCUGCAUGCACUACACUACAGGAGCUGGUCAAGAAGAUCCAACAAAGGAUACUCCAGUUACCUGCCCCACUCCUUGCCUUCCUCACAUCUAGUGGAGCCAUGGAAACAUACCAGACCCGGUUCCAGCAGAGCCUGAGAAGUCCAGUGAUGCUUGAGGUGGGACCAGACCUGGUUCUGUCCAGCCUUACUACAGAGGCCCUUGAGGAGGCAGCAGCAGCUUUGGAGAGAGACCUGACUGUGGAGACUGUUGUCUUGGAGCGAGCAGAAGCAGUGUCACCUGGAAUGGUCACUCUUAAGGAAGUCUUAAGUCAAGCCCUGCAGCAAGCAAACCAUGGAACUAUGAAAGUACAGCUGAGCUAUGGGAAACCGUCCAAGGCAGACUACCGGAUGCUAGUCCAGAUAGUCGGAAACAGAAAAGAAGUGGAUAGGCUAAAAGACAUUCUGCUUGACCACAAGAUAAACCAAACCAACAUCCAUUACUCUCUGAAUCUCCCCAAUGCCGUAGUGGCUGACCACCUGCAUAGAGUACUGGAGCUUCUUGGGGUACAGCAUAGUGAUCUCCAAUUGAUCCCCACUAAAUCACCAUCCCCUUGUUUGCAUUUUGCUGGACCUCGUCAACUGGUGCAAGAAUUUUAUGUGACACUGACCUCAACAUUACAGUCUCUAGUUUGUAAAGAGUACAGCAUGGAAGGGCCUGGAGUUUUGCAGUACUUCAAUGGGGAAGGGAAGAACAACAUUGCUUUACUGGAGCUCUCUCAUAAGGUCCUGAUCCUGCUGUCUGACGAGGAGAAACAAUCUGGAACAGGUUCUCAACCCACAAGCCCCAUUUCCAUCUCAAACCUCACCAUGAUGGGUAAAACAGGACCUACUCCUGCCCCAAUUCCCUCAUUACCCACAAAAGUGACAGGGGGGUCAUCUUCCACAGCACCAGGUGGAUCAUUUCUCACAGGCAAGAAAAUAAAGCUAGAAGUAGUGCUGGGGCAUCUUGAGGAUCAGCAAGUUGAUGUGUUGGUGGCCCCUAUGGUGAAAGCAAAUCUACUCAGCCUGAAGAUUGGACAAGCCCUGGCAAAGACAGGAGGAGACCAGCUGAAGCGCAAUUUCUCCCAGUCUAUAAGAUUCCAGAAGAAUGUAGAGCCAGGGGACAUUUUUCAGGUGGAGGGGACCUCUACUUUGGGAUGUCAAAAGAUAAUCUUUGUGGAAUGUUUGCCUUGGAAUGCAACAAGUGGCAGCAGUGAAAAGGCAUUGCGCUGUGGAAUGAGGCAGGCCCUAAGUCUGUGUGAGCAGUGUGCCCUCAACUCUGUGGCUUUUCCACUGAUUGGGCCUGGAGUUGUCCUGAAGACACCUGUUAAAGAGGCCGUUUCCAUCCUGACAUCUGAGAUUGGCUUGUUUGGACUGUCAGGGUUAACUGGCUCACUCUCCAACAUUCGUAUUGUCAUCCAUCCAGACUACCCAGAUUCCAAAGCGGUCUGCCGGGAUGUUUAUGGUGGAUUAAACUUACACAGGAGGGAUGGCAAAGGACAAGCUGUGUUUGGAUCCCUGACCUCUGACCUGGAAGAAGUCACACUGACAGUAGGAGGCAUACAACUUUAUCUGGUACGUGGAGACAUCACCAAUGAGACUACAGAUGCCAUAGUAAACACCACGGACUUUAACAACUUCGAUUCAGCUGUUUGUAAGAGCAUACUUUCUGUGGCGGGACCAAAAGUCAAAAAAGCUCUGAAAUCUGCUCAGGUCAACAGAGGUAAGAUCUUCACAUCACAGCCUGGCAAGUUCCCCUGCAAGGCCAUCAUGCAUGUGUGUGGAGAAAAUGACCCAGAGUUGGUUCAGGAUCUGACCAGGGACAUCCUCCUCCAUUGUGAGAGCAAAGGAUACCAAUCAGUUGCCAUUCCUGCUAUAUGUGCUGCUGCGGGAGUGGACCCAUGUAUAGUGGCAGAUGCAAUCUUCAGUGGGAUAGUGGCCGCAGUAUCCAGUUGCUCCUUCCAGCACCUUGUUACUGUCCGCCUCGUUCUGUUCAGCAUGCCGGUCUUCCAGCAGUUUCAAGCCGCUGCUGACGCCAUGUUUUGGACACCCAUUAGACUAAAAACCACUACUCCACUAAGAGCAUCCACAGCUCCAGCUCAAACGACUCAACCUGGGUCACUGUACCCAGACCUGAGCUCCCUACUGCCUUCAUCCCUCAUCCCAGCUGUCCCUCCUUCAGCCACCUUUAUAAUCUUAGGCACAUCUGUGCAGGAUGUGUCCAGUGUCUGUGCUGGUCUGCAGCAGGCCUACACAUCCCACUGCUCCCAGCAAACCCUGGCCCCAGAGGAGCUGGCUGGGCUCUCCCAUGCAGAGCUGCAGGAUCUGGUCGGCAGAGUGAACAGCCUCGGUGUGCAGCUGGAGCCGUCUGGGCCUGGCAGUGGGGCAGGGGUGGUGGUGAGGGGGCUGAAUGAGGGGGUGAAUGAGGUGAUGUACGUCAUGCAGGGGGCAUUACGCCGACAGGUGGUGGAGAGGGACCAGAGGGAGCUGUUCAACAAUGUGGUGUGGUGCAUCAUGGGACAGCGAGGAGAUUGGGAGAGGUUCCCUAAAGAGGCCAAUCAGAAGCUGGAGAAGGGUGUCACUGGAGGGGUGAUGGAUGCUCAUGGAUGCUGUUGGAAUGUAGAUCUCCGGAGGAAGCAGGCGACUGCUGUGGGUUCAGGUUAUGUGACCCUAGUCAAGCGACUACAAAACCUGCCAGAUUUUAAAGUCCCUCUGUACUGGGAUAGUCUGGUUCCCGGUGAGGCCCUACAGGUGAUCCCACUCAUCCCCCUCUGUGCCGAGUUUGAGCGUGUGAAGGCAGAUUUCAGGACCUGCAUGAGAACAAUACUCAAGAUUGAGCGUGUGCAGAAUGUGCACCUGCGUCGGGCGUUUGAGGUUCAGCGGCAGCAGCUGGAGGAUAAGAACGGUGCACCUGUAGGGGCCGGGGAGAAGAUGCUCUACCACGGCACCACAACCCAGGCCUGCCAGUCCAUCAUGAAGACCGGCUUCAACCGUGGCUUUGCAGGCCAGAAUGCCACUGUAUAUGGUCUAGGAACCUACUUUGCUGUGAGUGCAAGCUACUCAGCCAAGCCCGUGUACUCCCGCCCAGAAGCAGACGGCACUCAGUGUAUGUUUGUCGCUCGAGUUCUGGCAGGUUUCUACACGUUGGGUAAGAGCCUCAUGAGGGUUCCCCCACCUGUCUCUCCUCAACAGCCUGACAUCCGCUUCGACAGCCUUGUGGAUAACCAGCAGAACCCCAGCAUGUUUGUGGUGUUCCACGACAGCCAAGCCUACCCAGACUAUCUCAUCACAUUCAAAUGAGUGUGGAACACAUAUUGUACAUGUCCCUCCCUUCACACUAAAUUUGAAUGACACUGUUUUUUUUUUUGUUUUUUUUUAAUUCAGCAACAUUUUACAGUAAUCAACAAAGAUGGACAUUUAAAGCUGAUUGGAUACAUUUUUAAACAAAUACUGGUUAGAUAUGACUGAAAGAUGUUGCUACUAAAAUUAUGCAACAAGGAUCAAAAGUUAAAAAACGUAAUGUUUUAUAAAUCACCUAAGAUUGUAUUAAUUUAAAGGAACUAUAUGCAACAUCCCUGGAAGUGUGGGCUUAUGUCCAUGACAAUACCCUUCCUUGCUUUGCCUUGCUGUUUUCUGUACAGUGACUCACUGGUGCCUCUUGUUGUACAAAGUGGCACAAUGCGAGUACACAGCUGAGCUUGCUGGUUAGCAUGCUACUUCAUUAUCUGUGCAACAGCUUACACAUUAUAAAAAAAGGUUAUUUCUUCACUUCAUGCUACUAUUUCUACAUAAUUGUGUUAUGUUAUGUAUCAUUUCGUCAUGUUUUAUGUUACAAUUCUUACAUAAUUGUCUGUAAAGAUAAUACA